AAAGGCCAUUGAGUCAUGAAUUGGGAUGCGAUUGUCGUUUUAGGUGGUGGUUUGGAUACCACUGCACAGCCUCAGCCUUGGGUAAAGGCAAGGUUAGAAAGAGCCAUUGAAGUGGCUGAUAGAGCACAAUAUAUUAUUGUACUGAGUAGAGGAACACCACAUAAGCCACCUCCUUUGGAUAAACACGGAUUUCCUGUAGAUGAGGCAACGGCUAGUGCACGUUUCUUGAUACAACUAGGUGGUCAAAAUCCACAGAAAAUUGUAAAGGAUAUGUGGUCACUGGAUACUUUGGGAAACGCAUAUUUUACUCGCUUCAUGUUGUGUGAACCUUUGAGGUUGAGACGUCUAUUGAUUAUUACGAAUCAAUUUCACUUGGAGAGAACAAAGUAUGCGUUUGAAAGUGUAUUUAGUCUUCCAGGUGGAUCAGAGUGUUUCAACUUUGAACUUGAGUUUGAAGGUGUUGAAAACAGGAAUAUUAGUGACCGUCAGUUACGUGUUCGAAUGGAAAAAGAACGGGAGGCAUUAGAACAGUUAAAGUUACUAUUCUAUGAAGUGGACAGCAUUGGGAAGUUGGCAGAAUAUAUGUUUAUAAAGCACGGUGCAUAUUCAGCACAAGAUUCAAGUAGUGUUGAGACUCAUAUGAAUCCAACUUUAACGAGCACUUACUAGAGAGAGAGAGAGAGCCAUUCUGUUUUGAAAGUAUGUCAACUGAAAUUUAUAAAAUCCAAAAAUUUGUG